AUGCCUGCCACGGCCAUUGUUGAGAUCUCAACCCCGACGACAUGGGGUAGGGCAAGCAAAGCAGGCUGGGAUAAGUCCAUAGGUGCGCUUCUCGUCGUUGCCGCGGUGCCAACAUGGCUUCACAUGAACUGGAUAGCUUUGGAGCAGUAUAAUGGUUCAAUCACCGCUGCUCUAAGGGCUGCACUGAAAGAAGGCCCAGUCAGUUUCGCCUAUGGUCACUUUCCCAGAUACUCUUCUCAGGCUAUAGCCGGUUAUGCAGCAUGGUUGUUGGUGCAAGCAUUCUUCUAUGGUUAUUUACCUGGUACCUUGUGCUAUGGUCAACGCACGCCUGGCGGGCAUCUUCUGACCUACACCGCCAAUGGACUUUUGGCAUGGGUCAUAACACAUGUCGCGUACAUUGGAGGCUCUUUCCUUGGCUUUGUUGAUCCUGCCAUUAUCGCCAACCACUGGGAAGGUCUUCUCGUAGCAGUGAAUACCUAUGGCUUCGUGUUAUCUAUCCUCGCUCAAUGGAAAGGAUAUUUCUUCCCAUCAUACGUGGAGGAUCGAAAGAUCAGUGGAUCUAUACUCUUUGAUUUCUGGGCUGGCGUUGAGUUGAAUCCUAGAUUCGGAAAGUAUUGGGAUUUCAAGUUCUUCCAUAAUGGUCGACCUGGAAUUGUGGCAUGGACAUUGAUCGAUUUCUCUUGGGCAGCCUACCAAUACCAGCAGAUUGGCCAUGUCACAACUUCGAUGAUUAUUGUCUCGAUGUUCCACCUGAUUUAUGUUGUCGAUUUCUUCUACAACGAGGAUUGGUACACUCGUACAAUAGACAUCAGCCACGACCACUUCGGAUUCAUGUUGGCAUGGGGUGAUACCACAUUCUUGCCUUGCCUGUACACGCUUCAGACUCAAUACCUAGCGAGGUACCCGACAUACCUUACCCGCACGCAGUCUCUUGCCAUCUUGGCCUUUGGCCUAACAGGUUAUUUCAUCUUCCGAUCGGCCAAUUACCAGAGAGAUUAUGUUCGAGCUCGAGAUGGCAAAUGCAAUCUUUGGGGCAAGCCAGUCACAUUCAUUCGUUGCAAGUACAGCACGAGCGAUGGCAAAGAACACAACAGUCUUCUGCUGACCUCGGGUUGGUGGGGAGUUUCGAGGCAUGCGAACUAUAUGGCAGACUUGAUGCAAGCCUGGGCCAUGUGUGCCACUUGUGGUUUCACCCACUUCUUGCCAUGGUCAUACUUCUUUUUCAUGAGUGUACUUCUCUACCACCGGUCCCUGCGGGACGAGAAGCGAUGCCACAGCAAAUAUGGUAAGAAUUGGGAGGAGUACUGCAAGCAGGUACCAUACCGAAUCAUCCCUGGUGUCCUCUGA